AUCGAUGACUACCAUGUCCGUGACGACUACUUGUUUAAAGGGGAUCGUCUUUGUGUCCCUAGUUCUUCCUUGCGGGAGAAGCUGAUCCGCGAUUUGCACAGUGGCGGACUCGGGGGUCAUUUGGGACGCGAUAAAACCAUAACCAGCUUGGAGAACAUGUUUUUCUGGCCACAUCUACGGCGUGAGGUGAGUCUCAUCGUCAAGCGUUGCUAUGUUUGUCAAGUUUCCAAGGUCAAUCGCAGAAUACCGACCUCUAUAUGCCACUACCUGUUCCCGACGAUAUCUGGUUGGAUCUCUCCAUGGAUUUCGUCCUGGGUCUCCCUCGUACCCAGCGAGGAGUGGAUUCUGUCUUCGUCGUGGUUGACAGGUUCUCUAAAAUGUCCCAUUUUAUUGCCUGUAAGAAGACGGCAGAUGCAUCCAACAUUGCGAAACUGUUCUUUAAGGAGGUCGUCCGUCUUCAUGGGGUCCCCAAAUCCAUCACCUCCGACCGCGACACCAAGUUCCUUAGUCAUUUUUGGAUUACUCUAUGGCGGAUGUUCGGCAUCGCAUUGAACUGGAGCUCUACGGCUCACCCGCAGACUGAUGGCCAAACUGAGGUAACAAAUAGGACUUUGAGAAACAUGAUUCAGAGUGUUUGCAGAGACAUGCCAAAGCAAUGGGAUUUGGCUUUACCACAGGUGGAGUUUGCGUACAACAGUGCGGUCCAUUCCGCUACCGGCAAGUCACCCUUUUCUCUUGUUUACACUACUCCACCUCUGCACGUUGUUGAUCUAAUUGCACUUCCCAAAGCUCCUGGGGUGAGCCAAGCUGCUGAGGCCAUGGUUCGAGACGUGCAGGCUGUUAAGGAUGUUGUCAAGGCGAAGCUCGAGGCCACCGGCCAGAAGAACAAGCGGGCUGCUGAUGCGCACCGCCGCGAGAAACUAUUUGUUGUGGAUGAUUCUGUUAUGGUGUUUCUACGCAAGGAUAGGUUUCCUUUUGGGACUUACUCUAAGUUGCAGCCUCGUAAGUAUGGUCCUUUUAAGGUGCUCAAGAAGAUUAAUGAUAAUGCAUACGUUAUCGACUUGCCAGCUUCCAUGAACAUUUCCUCUACUUUCAACGUCGCUGACAUCUACUAGUUUCAUGCGGAUGAUGCUCCAUAUUCUAACCCGAACUCAUGGUAGAGUUCUUUGCGAGUGGAGGAGACUGAUGCAGCGCAGCUGGAGGCCAAGCUUGAUGAAGCUAUUCGUAUGGAAGGCGGGACGGAAGACGUGAUGCUGCAUGAUGCAUGACGAUGAUGCUUAUGUUUAUUUGUUUCAUUAUUAUAUUUGGUUUUCCUAAUAGGUUUCGGUUUUCAUUAUUAUGUUUGGUUUUCCUAAUAGGUUGUUCGGUUAAGGGUUAUUAUUAUUUAGUUUCAUUAUAGGUUUUGGUUGCUAGUGGGUUUUAGUAUAUAAUGACCCUUUGUUCACGUGUAAGAACUCAACUUUUGGCUUUUGAUUAUCAAGUAAACCUAAGGGUUUUCUUCCCAGUGGAUUUUCUGGGUUUUUCCUUAAGUUUGCAGCUUGCAAGCUUGUUUGUUUGAGGAGCUCGGCGCUUGCGAGUUCUUUGGUUUUCCGACUGCGUCACUUAGACCUUUUGCUAAUCUAACAUGGAUGCAAUAAUCAUAAAAUGAGAUUUAGUUUGAUAUGGCGUCGGUUCAAAACCAUUUUUUAUGUGUAAUGAAUUAGUACGACAAAUACAUGUAAAGUGAAGAUGAACCUGAUUAUGCAUUUUGAUUCUUUAUAUAAAUACAGUGGUUUAAGGCCUUAAGCGAUAAACUAACUAUACACUCACUUUUAAUAAUUAGUUGAUUCACAAGCUAUCAAUAGGGGUGAGCACGUGGGUGGUUAAUCCGCAGAUUGAUAUCGAUCCACCCGCAAAUAACCCAACCCGCACGCAGUGGGUGAUUGAUGUGGGUGGAUUGCGAAUUGAUAAAUCUCUCACCCGCACUUAUGUGGGUGGGUAGUGGGUCACCCGUAUGACCCGCAUCCUAUUUUCCCAUAAAAAUGUUGUUUCUUAUAAUAUCAAAUAUUCAUCAUAUUUUUGAAUUGCACAACAGUCUAACCAUAUACUUCAAAAGGUAGAGAAUAAAGAAUAGUUUUGACUACUAUUAUUGGUUAUUGUGUUGUACAAUAUUCAUUAGAUAUUAGAUAUUGGUUUGCAAAUUAUUGUUAAUAUCCAUUAAAUAUUGGGAUGCAAAGUAUAAAUUAUUAUUUGUAUCAAAAUCACAAAUUAUUGAUACAAUCUUACUUUGCUAUGAAUUGCUAGUUGGAGAAUUGCUUUUUGCGGGUUGACCAGCGAUCCAACCGCACUCAUCCGCCACCCACCCAACCCAACCUGCAAAAGUAUGUGGGUGGAUUGCGGGUCACAAUUAUUCCAACUCGCUAGUAAGCGGGUGGGUCAAUUUGAGACCAAAAUCCACCCAACCCGCCCAUUGCCCACCCCUAGCAAACAUGUCUAGUUACAGUGUAGUAAUUUUCAUGCAACAAAUACUUUUUUCAUGUAAUAAUUCAAUAAAUAAAUACGUAUGAAAAUAAUAUUAUAUGAAAUAUAUGUUACUCAUUAAGUUGAUGAAUGAGAGAGGGUAUGAGUAACAUACAUUUAUUUUAAAAAUAUAGAAGUUGCGAAGUGUCUUUUGGGUUGCAUGAAAUCGCAUUUUCUCAUUAUUGCUAACUAACUUAUACUUUUUUGCAAUAGAUGGUUCAAAAUGUGCCUUAUAAAUUUUAUUUCCACCAGUGUAAAAGAAUUGUUUGAACCAAAGGAUUGUAAAAUCAUAUCGAAAAAGUUGGUAGUAGAGUAUUUUAUACUGAAGUCAUAAUUUAAUUGUGGUUCAACCGUUUCAUAUUGUUAAAUAUCACCUAUUGAUUUAGCCUAUGAUGUGAAGUUUCAUGGUCGAACCGCCGGUAUGUACGGUCUUUCAUUACAAACUUUAAAUAAAAAACACUGAAAUAUUGACAUUAUCAAAUACCCCUUAAAUCUCGGAAAUUAUAAUAAUCGUAUUAAAGAAAAAAUCUUCCAAAUGACAAUAGUGAUUUAGGAUUUUAAAUUGAAAUAGAAAAAAUAUGUCAAAUAUAAUGUCAUCUCCUAA